AUGAAAUUAUUCCAAUUCAUCAAACUCAUUUUAUUUUUCGUUGGUAUAUGUCUUGCCGUUAAAAACCCCGUUCCAAAUGGCAAGAAGUUCAAGAGCGUUUUAUCCAAAGAUGCCUUGGUUCCACUUAGAGACCCAAAGACCGGGGUUGUGAAACUUACCGAUAAAAACAUCAAACUUAUUGUGAAUCCUGCAGUUAGAGAAGCCAAUAUUGUGGUAUUUCUUACUGCUAAUAGUCCACAAAUCGGUUGUAAAGCAUGCAAAGACUUUCUUCCGAUAUUUCAAAAAACCGCAAAGACUUUCAUGGAAUCUUAUCCUGAUAAAACUCUUGAUAACUCCGCUGACCAAUUACUGAACCGUGAUUUGUUCUUUAUCGAGCUUGAUUACUCGGUAACCGGGGAAUUUUUCAAAAGUUUGAAAAUCGAUAGAGUGCCACAUAUUUGGGUGGUCCCAAGUUACGAUGUGUUGUAUCGAUACCUCACUACCGAAAAGAACCUUGGCCCUGAUGAACUUGCCGACCCUAGUAAUUUCUUACUUAAAUCAUCGGAUCAUUAUCAGUACUCGGUUUCCGAGGGGUCUUCGCCACAAGAAUUUUCUAAUUACAUUUCUGCGGCGCUUCAAAUAUCUUUCAAGAUCAGUAAUGGUGGUAAUGAUGGUUUUGAGCUCGAUGAAACUACCGUUGGGAUGGCCAUCAUCGCGAUUUCUAUUAUUGUGAUCAUCAAGAAAAAAAUCAACGAUCAAGAUAAUACUUUACUACAAAAAGCCUCUAAACCAAGAGUGUGGAUGGGACUUUCAGUAUUGUUGAUUUGUUUGUUUUGUAGCGGGUACAUGUUUACUGUUGUUAGAGGAGUACCAUUAUUGGCCCGUAAUGAAAAAGGACCGUUCUAUUUUGCUGGGGGAUCACAAUACCAAAUUGGUAUUGAAUCAUUUAUCGUUUGUGGAGUUUAUCUUUUCAUUGGGUUUUGGGUGGUAUUGUUGACCGAUAUCUUGCCUAAAUACGCCCCAAUAGAGGAAGAACAUCAAAGCGAGAAAGUUGUUACUGUCACAGAAAAAGAUGAAUCUAAUAAAGAAGAAAAAGAAAAUGACACAGAGGAAAAGGAAGAUUCAGAAGAGAAAGAUGAUGUUCCACAAAACCAUUUCCAUCUUAGUGAAACCGCUCAUUCGGUGUUGGUGAUUAUUGCUGUCAUAGGAUUGUACUAUGCAUUUUCAUUGCUUACUUCGAUUUAUCUUAAAAAAGAUGGUGGAUAUCCUUUUGCCAUGUCAAGAGUUCUUUGA